ACGCGGCCAUAUAAAAGCGAAAGUAUCUGCUCUAGUAAUCAUUCAGUCUAGUGCAGUGUUAUUACUCGUCUCUGUUGGUUUUGGUAACAUGGCUACUCUCAAGGUGACGAUAAUAUUCGCCAUGUUGUUGGCGAUUGCUCUAACACAGCAUCACCAGGAGCUUCCACAUUACGCUCCAAUUCAUUUGCAGGAUCAUCACGAGCUUGAAAUCGAAGAACAUCACCACGCGCACCCAAAGUACGAGUUCAAAUACGGGGUGAAGGACGAACACACACACGACAUCAAGGAGCAGGCCGAGAAACGUGACGGCGACAAAGUCGAAGGCUAUUACAAGUUGGUUGAACCAGACGGCACCACUCGUACCGUCCACUACACAGCUGACAAACACACCGGGUUCCACGCUCAGGUCGUGAGAUCCGGACACGCCAUUCAUCCUGUUCAAUACCACCAUUAACAUUUCUCCAUUGACUGACUAAAAAGGAGACGUAAUGUUGACGAUGCAGGAAUCCAAAAUGAAUAUUAGAACAGCUAUAAGUCACGUUCCCCCUGUGCGACAGGUUGAGGUCUUUGGAAAAUUACUUUUGUUAUAUGCGUUUACAAUUAGGUACGUACCUGUAUUAUGUUUGAAAAGAUAGGCUUUAGUCAAGCACUCUGAACUACAAGUUGUACUUACAAAAUACUUUCCUUCAAAGAAGGCAUUUAGGUACAAUGAUAUAUUUACAACUGAAGUGAAUUCUAGUCUGCGUUUCUCUUCAGAGAAUAAGUUAUUUUGAAUUAAUUAGGUAUUAAAUUAAAAACUGCAUUUGUUUAUUAAAGUCGCGCGUUCUGUAAGAAGUGAUAUCAUAAGUUAAAAAAUUAAGAGAUCAGUAUAUAAAAAAUAAUACACUGUAAUUAUUCUGAAAUACUCUUUUACGACUGCAUAUUAAAAGAAUUCUCGAUAUAAAAACUGAACUACACACUGAAACGAAUGUUAAUUUCAUAAUAUCUCACUAGACCUAAAAUUGUAUUAAUGAAACUUCACUACAGUCACAGGGCAAUGGACUUGCAGCGCAUCUGUAUUCAAUGUGAUUAUACACCGUUCGUGUUAUUAAGAUAUAAUAUUUAUAUAAUAUAAUUUAUUUCAUUGGACUUGUUAAUGUUACUCGCAUGUUUACUCUCAUUUUACACCGCUGUGUAUGUCCGUUUAAACUGUCAAUUUUUUUUGUAGAGUUUACGUAAUCAUGUUGAUAUUCAAAGUUAUGUAUUUCUGGAUAAUAACGUAUGAGAUGAAAUCAUUUCACCAUUAUAAUAAUUACCACAUCUGCAAAUUGUCAUCAGACAUCAUGUAAAAGUUAUCGUCAUUAUCUACAUCAUUCCAGUAUCAUAUUAUCAUAUAUCACGCACGUCACAAAACUGAUCUUCGUAUACCAUUACCGAACUAUGAAAAGAGAUCUAAGACUAUUUAUAUUUUCUUUGCCAUUUUCUUACUUCACAUUUAAUUCAUUUAUUCGCCAUUAUCUGAUGUUUAAUAUCACACGUUUUUCCCUGAUUAAAGUAAGAUCAAAAUCACUGCAUGGUUUGCAAUGAGUUAUUAUCAUAUCCAUAUUUCAUGACAAAAAUAUAAUUGGCGUUAUUUAUUUAAGUUUAAAUGAUUUUAUAUUAUCAUAACCAUCAUCAUCAAAGGCAGUUUACUGCAAAACAUCACUUGAUUCAUAAAUUUUUACCAGUCAUUUGAACUCUCCUGUUACUGAAACAAUGAUCAUCAGUCAUCAAAAAAUCGACUUCCACAAACUGUAUCAUCAUUAUCACCGGCAUUUCAUCGUCAUUUUUAUCUUCACUACACCGUAGUAGCGUCUUAACGUAAUACUCCAAAAUCAUACUCAUAAAAAUAACUUUAGUCAUCAUUACCAUCAUUACAAUCAUCGCGACAAUUACCAUUCUCAUCGUAUCAUCACAGUGAAAUAUUUAUAAUAACUGUUGUUCAUUACUGAAUCUUUGUCAAGUCUCUGUAACGAUUUAUUAAUUUUUUUGUACUUUAAAUGUUACAAAUAUAUUUUAAAGUAAUUA